AGCAUACUCAUUUCAUGUAAGUGCAGAUGGUCAGAUGCAGCCAGUUCCUUUCCCUCCUGAUGCCCUCAUCGGUCCAGGAAUCCCUCGCCAUGCCCGUCAGAUCAACACUCUGAACCACGGGGAAGUUGUGUGUGCAGUUACCAUUAGCAAUCCCGCGAGACACGUGUACACAGGUGGAAAGGGGUGCGUCAAGGUCUGGGACAUCAGCCAUCCUGGCAACAAGAGCCCUGUUUCUCAGCUGGACUGCCUGAACAGAGAUAACUACAUCCGUUCCUGCAGAUUGCUCCCCGACGGCCGCACCCUUAUUGUUGGCGGGGAAGCCAGCACGUUAUCCAUUUGGGACCUGGCAGCUCCAACUCCUCGCAUCAAAGCAGAGCUGACAUCUUCUGCUCCAGCUUGUUAUGCCCUCGCUAUCAGCCCUGAUUCCAAGGUCUGCUUCUCUUGCUGUAGCGAUGGCAACAUUGCAGUGUGGGAUCUGCAUAACCAGACUUUAGUAAGGCAAUUUCAGGGCCACACAGAUGGAGCGAGCUGUAUUGACAUUUCUAAUGAUGGCACCAAACUAUGGACGGGAGGCUUGGACAAUACAGUCAGAUCCUGGGAUCUCAGAGAAGGGAGACAGCUACAGCAGCAUGACUUCACAUCACAGAUCUUCUCACUGGGCUACUGUCCAACUGGUGAGUGGUUGGCAGUAGGAAUGGAGAACAGUAAUGUCGAGGUGCUGCAUGUUACUAAGCCAGACAAGUAUCAGCUGCAUCUUCAUGAGAGCUGUGUGUUGUCACUCAAAUUUGCUCACUGUGGCAAAUGGUUUGUCAGCACUGGAAAAGAUAAUCUUCUUAAUGCCUGGAGAACACCUUAUGGAGCCAGUAUAUUCCAGUCCAAAGAAUCCUCAUCUGUACUUAGCUGUGAUAUCUCUGUGGAUGACAAAUACAUUGUCACUGGCUCUGGGGACAAGAAAGCUACAGUCUACGAAGUUAUUUAUUAGAGACAAAUCUGAAAGUGGACAGAACUCCUUCUCCUAGCACUUUGCUGUAUAUUCCUUUUUUUUUUCUUUCUAAACGGAGAACUUACAUGCUCAUGACAGUUGUGGAAUUUAUUUUUACCUUCUUAACUUGCUAUUGAUUUGUCAAUGCUUAUUAAGAACUUGUGGUACCAAAUUGUCAGAUAUCUGCUUGUAAGAAGAUGGAAUAAGCAUACUUAACAGUGAACUUAACUCUUUAAUUAUGUAUUAUAGCUGUAAUGUAUUUAUUUUGUUUAAAGAAGGCUUUCUAACAAUGAACUGCCUAAAUAAAGCUGACUGGCCCGGCUUUAGUUUGAAAGCUGCAUUGUAUACUUUGUGUUUUUGCAGGUGGAUAAAUUGGGGAUCUUGGAGAAGGAUGUUCAGGAGACAGUUAAAGUUACGCUAAAUAGACUUGUAGUUUCUAUUUAAAAAAAUAAACUUUGUUAUAUUUUUUAGUCCUGUUCUUGGAUGAGACCUCUAAGUGUUAUUACAGUAUAAUUAUUUGGUGGGAAGAUGCUGUAUCUUAACUAUUUUAGACAGUCUUGGAAACUUAGGAAAUUGCAAACUGUAGCCAGUAAUCUACAUGCCUGUGAUGAAUGGCAAAUUCAGUUCACAUCUAAAUUAAAUUCACUUUAAGUAAGAAUGUGCUAAUUUAUAUAUUUGCAGUGUUAAUAUAGCAUCUUGUGUACAGAUUAGUUCUCAAUGCUUUUCUGUUGAUAAACAUAAAGCAUUUUGGUGUCAAGCUAGGUUUUUUUAAUAUAAACACCUCUCUUUGUUAUAUUGUAGAGAGUACAAUAAGUUGCCUCAAAGAAUCACCUUUGUUACUUCUGGAAACUUUUGCAAUGUUUCCUUGAAAAUGGGGAUAUGUGUCUUUGGGCAAUUUUUCAACUACAAGAGAUUAUGAAAAAUAUUUGAUAUGUUCUUUGGAAACUGCACUGAAAUAAGAAUGGAUGCCUACCAAUAUACAAACUUCAAAAGCAAUGACCUCCAAGGUAGGAUUUACAAGAGCACUCAUUCCGACAUACAAAAAAGGAAUGAUUUCUCAUUGGGAUAAGGACUUGCGUUGUUCGCCAGCAGUUCAAUCCUAGUCUCGAUUGGAUGUCCCUAGAAUGGACGCAGACUGAGCCAUUGUGCCAGAGACAACGUGUUAUCUUUUUAUGUUGUUGUUGUUGCUGUUAAACUAUGAUCUGUGACUUUUUUUUUUUGAAUGCUUUAAAAAAAAUCUUUUAAGUCUGUGAAUCUGCUGAUGUACAGUGCCUUUGCUGCUAUGGAUCAAAAUCAAAAGACCCGUGUAGAUAAAUCUUAUCGUAUAAGUAGAAAAUUACUUAAUUUCAUACUAGAAAUGGAUUGAUGCUGCAAGUUAAAAUGGACUGUUCAUUGAAGUUCCCAAUGUGGUAGCAAAAAAUGGUGUCUUAAGUGCUUAGUGUUUGAUGUCAUUAACAGUUUCGUAAUACUCUACAUUGUAGAAAGAUUUUGAUACUAAACUGUGUCAUUGUACAUAUUUCUAAUGCAUUGUAUUGACCACCAGUACUUCUAUAAUGGUAGAUUAUUGUUUGUGCAUUCAGACUUUUAAGCAUUAAACAUAAGUAACUUCUAAGAUGCA